UUGCGCGAGGUGUUCGAGGUGUGCGGCCGCGAUCCCGACGGCUUUCUGCGCGUGGAGCGCGUCGCGGCGCUUGGACUGCGCUUCGGCCAGGGCGAGGAGGUGGAAAAACUUGUGAAAUAUUUGGAUCCCAAUGACCUGGGGAGAAUCAACUUCAAGGACUUUUGCCGGGGAGUGUUCGCCAUGAAAGGGUGUGAGGAGCUGUUGAAGGAUGUACUGUCGGUGGAAAGUGCAGGGACACUGCCCUGUGAGCCUGAGAUCCCAGACUGUGUGGAGCAGGGCAGCAAGGUCCCAGACCCUACUUUUACUGAUGGCGAGUUCAUCUCCAGAGAGCCCGGCUUCUUUCCUGACGAUGAUGAGGAGGAGGUGAUGGCGCUGGCCCCACCCGAGGGCCCUCAGGAGUCCGACAUGGACAGCCCGGUGGAGAGCACCCGGAGCCUGGAGGAGGGGUCUGUCGGAUGUCCAGCCGAGGAAAAGGACGGGGGCCUCGGAGGCCUGUUUCUACCAGAGGACAAGUCCCUGGGCCACACUCCAUCCAUGACCACAUCGGACCUCUCCACACACUCCACCGCCUCGCUCAUCAGCAACGAGGAGCAGUUUGAAGACUACGGGGAGGGGGACGAUGUUGACUGUGCCCCCAGCAGCCCUUGCCCAGAUGAUGAGACCAGGACCAACGUCUACUCAGACCUGGGGUCUUCCGUGUCUUCCAGUGCGGGGCAGACGCCCAGGAAAAUGCGUCACACGUACAACAGUGAGCUGCUGGAUGUUUACUGCUCUCAGUGCUGCAAGAAAAUCAACCUGCUGAAUGAUUUGGAAGCUCGGCUGAAAAACCUAAAGGCCAACAGCCCCAACCGAAAGAUCUCCAGCACGGCCUUUGGACGGCAGCUCAUGCAUAGCAGUAAUUUCAGCAGCAGUAACGGCAGCACGGAGGACCUGUUCCGGGACAGCAUUGACUCUUGUGACAACGACAUCACAGAGAAGGUGAGCUUCCUGGAGAAGAAGGUGACGGAGCUGGAGAAUGACAGUCUGACCAAUGGGGACCUGAAGAGCAGGCUGAAGCAGGAAAACACCCAGCUGGUGCACAGGGUGCACGAGCUGGAGGAGGUGGUGAAGGACCAAGAGACUACGGCCGAACAGGCCCUGGAGGAGGCGGCCAGGCACCACCGUGAGGCCUACAGCAAGCUGGAGCGAGAGAAGAGCACGGAGGUGGAGCUGCUCAACACACGGGUGCAGCAAUUAGAGGAAGAAAAUACCGAGCUUAAAACAACCGUGACUCGGCUCAAAUCGCAAACCGAGAAGCUGGAUGAGGAGCGGCAGCGAAUGUCUGACCGGCUGGAAGACACCAGUCUGCGGCUCAAGGAUGAGAUGGACCUAUAUAAGCGCAUGAUGGACAAGUUGCGGCAGAACCGUCUCGAGUUCCAGAAGGAGCGGGAGGCGACUCAGGAGCUCAUUGAAGACCUGCGGAAGGAGCUGGAGCAUCUGCAGAUGUACAAGCUGGACUGCGAGCGGCCAGGCAGGGGCCGCAGCGCAUCAUCCGGCCUGGGCGAGUUCAAUGCCAGGGCCCGUGAGGUGGAACUGGAGCAUGAGGUCAAGCGGCUCAAGCAGGAGAACCAUAAGCUGCGGGAUCAGAACGAUGACUUGAAUGGACAGAUCUUGAGCCUCAGCCUCUAUGAAGCAAAGAACCUCUUUGCCACUCAGACCAAAGCCCAGUCUCUGGCUGCAGAAAUAGACACAGCUUCACGUGAUGAGCUAAUGGAAGCCCUGAAGGAGCAAGAGGAGAUCAACUUCCGUCUGAGACAGUACAUGGACAAGAUCAUCCUCGCCAUCCUGGACCACAACCCCUCUAUCCUUGAGAUCAAACACUGA